GCGGCAUUUUGACAUCAUGUCGACGCAAUUCCUCAAGGCCGCUGGAAGCGGCGAUGUCGAUCGUGCCAAGGAGCUGAUUCAGCACAUCCAUUUCCAGAACAAGAAGGGCGAGUCCGGUCUGCAUGUUGCGAUCGCGGAGGGCGAAUUGGGGAUGGUCGAGUUCUUGUGUAACGCUGGUGCGAAUGUGAACUUGCAAGACAAGAAGGGCGGAAACACAACGAUCAUGCUGACGUUGGCGCAACAACCGCCGCAGUACUUGGCCAUUUUGGAGAUCCUGUUAAAGCAUCAGCCCGACUUGACGCUAAAGGACUCGACAGGUCAAACCGCGCUGCACCUCGCUGCACAGUACGAGUGUGUCGACGGCGUCAAGCUGUUGCUUGCGUCCAAGUCCAACUUGGACAUUCCCGAUGCGAAGAACAUGACUCCGUUGCUCGUCGCGGUCGGCAAGCGCAACGUCGGCAUCGUCGAUCUGUUGCUCACCAGAAGCCACAGCAUCCACGCCGUCGACAUCAAGGGCAACUCGGCGCUGCACUGGGGCGUUGCAUCGUUGGACAUGACGAGUUUCUUGGUGUCCAAGGGAGCCAAAGCGUCGGUGAACGUUCUGGGCAACUCGCCUCUGCAUGCCGAAGCGCUGCGGUCCGAUGCGACUGCGGCAUGGCCGACGGACGUCGCGCAGGUCCUUCUCACGUCGUUCCCUGAGAUUGCAACGUUGAAGAAUGCCAAGGGGAAGACGGCAGACCAACUCGUGGGCGGCGUCGAGGAGACGGUUACCCCUGCGCCGUCCUCUGCCAAGGCAAAGACAUCUGCGGGAGGAGGUCGUGGCAGGAAGCAGCACGUCAAUAAUGACGACGAUGGACCGAGUGCCAUUGCGAUUCAAAAUGCCAAAGCAGGUGUGUGUUGUCGCUCUCUGCUAUGUGGCACUGAUUGCGAUGUCGGAUCGUAGCCAUGAUGGCUCGGGUGAAGGAACGUGCGCAGAAGCGGCGGUCGUUGAUCCCCGAAGAAGACACAGACCUCGUGGAACCCAUCAAGCCGCAGGACGCGCUCUCGCCCCCCGUGGCCAACACCACGAGCUCGUGGACCAUGGCACUCAUCGUUGCAGUCGUCAUCGCCUUCUUCGCCGCCGUGUACGCCAUGCUCGAAGCUUCCGCGGCCAAAUAGAGUCAACUGGACUCAUGAAGCGCAACUUCAGCUCGGCAAGAUGUAAAAUUAGGCACCGGAUAAAAACGUUGAUUAUCCGGAAUUGGGUUAUGUUGGGAUUUGUAUGCCCGUGUGUGAACGUUGGUUUGUUACUUUCGUCGCCG